UCCGCGCUGUAUCGGUUUCAAGCUGUCUCAUGGGUAAAUCCUCCUGCUGAGGGCAAUGUUAUUAUUACGCGGACAGGCAGAGCGCUCUGAGAUCGAUUAGCUCUUCUGUGCAGAAGUAGACAGGAACAAGCUAGAUGGACUGGCAAAGUCGGAACGAGUGUGAUUAAAAACACAAACAAAAUACAGGAUCAGAAAACACGACAACCUCCAAACUGUCAAAUUGCAUUGACAAGUGCUGCAUCGUUGUCUUCGGUGAACUUAUUGGGACUGACAAGGGAUAAAAAUUUGGUCUGCUGAUUAAUUGUGAAGAUCUGGAGGAAGAACAGCCUGUUGGAUUUCUGCUCUGACUGCAAGGAUUUUAAGAGACUGAGAUCACCAUACAUACAAUAAUAUAAACUGGAGUACAGCUGUUGUUUCACAGUUAAUGUUCAAGGUUUCCUUGCACCUGGACGCUUUUGAUUUGGUUGUGUUGAGUGGCUGUUAAAUCACCAAUGCACGUUACAUUGUGUUUAUCAACACCUCUGUUAAGAGUCUGUGCUCAAGUUAUUCAUCUGCGGAAGUCUUUUCUGAUUUGAUGAACUGGAAGUUUGGAAGUGUUGUUGGGGGUCAGAUCAUAUUUCAAUUUAAUAUUUUUGGUAGCUUGAUGUGAUAUUGGUUCACCAGUCAUUUUUCAGUUAUGCGGAGCAUGAGGUAAAGAUGUCCAUUUUUUCAUUCAUUAUUUGGUUCGCUGAAUCAUCCAAAGUAUGAACUGUUGAAGGCUAAAGCAGUUCUCAUGACUUCAUAACAUAAAGCACUCUUAGCUAUUGUGAUGUGACAAAUCAGCCCCCCAACCCCUUUCGCCCUGACGUAGCACCUUUGCUGUUUUGAUGAGGUGAACAUAUUUAGAUCGCCACUUUCCGCAAAACAGCAUUGUGUGGUACAACCCCACCCUCCGUUUUUUUUUGUCGCUGUGUGUGUCUUCAUAUGAAAAUGAGUUCAUAAAGGGGCUUCGGAGUGUCAGAGCAGGCACGACGUGCUGCUACCACAAGCCCUCAUAAUAAGAGACUGAUCAAUCCAAGACUCAGAGUUCCAUUUCAAAAGACAUUGGAUUCCUUCAUUUGUACUCGGUCAGCCUGAAUGCAAGCCGCCAUCGUCGGUGAACUAAGGGUGUCCUGGAGAGUCACUCGGGCAUUACUGAUCAAACACAUCCGCUACUCUUCCACAACUACACGCCAGUCACAUUGAUCAAGAACAACACGCCUCGCACCACCAUCUCUUCCAUCACCUUACAAUUUCACCUUGCGUGGGGAGUUGACGAGUUCACCCUGCGUACGUUACGCUUCCAUCUCCCUCACUGCACCAUCCUGGAAACUGGAAUUUGGUGAGUUUAUCAGGAAACCGGGUUUACCCUGAGGCCACUGAGCCAGUGAAAAGUGCGUUGGUUGGGCCCUCUGCACAAACACAGACAAGGACAGGGCCAUCGAACUACAGAGCCUUUGUCUCUGGGUUCAGGCCAUGAGGUUUGAUGCCUCCAUCCACUGACGGGAGACACUGGACCUAAAUGGCGCAGCAUGACUUUGUUCCUGCCUGGCUUAACUUCUCCACGCCUCAGCCCGCCAAGUCCCCUGCUGCCCCCCUUGAGAAGCAUGGAGAGCACUUUCCCCGAGGAGACAGCCGGCCGGGGGUAAACCGCCGCAGACACAACUCCUCUGAUGGCUUUUUCAACAAUGACCCGCUCAGAGCCCCUGGAGGUGAUGGUUGGCAGCAGCCAUCUCUGUUGAGGCAUGACUCUGUAGACUCUGGUGUUGCAAAGGGCAGUCAGGGGGGAUUGGGAGGUGGACCAGGGUGGAAGGAGACCCCCAGCUGGCAUGGGGCGCAGAGGAGCCAGGAUGGUCCUCACCACCACCAUGCUCGGCAUAUCAAACGCGGUGGAGGCGAGAGGGACAGACAAGGGGGUCACCGACAGCGUAAUGGAAACUUUCAUCCACGCAAAGGUGGCCCAUAUCAGGACAGAUAUUCUGAUGAGGAGCGCAACGACGACAAGCUCAAGUUUGUUGAUGAGGAUUUUCCCUCCUUGAACCCAGAGACAACUGGAAAGCCAGCAAAUCAGCCUCGUGCUGUCGGGACUCCAGCAGGAGUAUGGGAGAACCCUCCUAGUGCUAAGCAAGCUAUGUCUAAAAUGCUGGUCAUUAAGAAAGUGUCUAAGGAGGACCCCAGUGCUGCAUUCUCGGCUGGCUUUGCCAGUGCUGGCCCUCUACCCGCCAAUGGUUCUAAAGUCCCCAUCACUGGACCCAGUGUCUACAAGAAUCUGGUGCCCAAACCUGCCACUGCCCCCACCAAGUCUGGCCCAUGGAAACCCAAUGGAAGGGAAACUAAAGUGGGUUUGCAUUUUUCUGGACGGGAUUCGGCCUUCACCAGUCCCGUUUCUGUGACCAAACCUCUGACGCCCGUCAGUGCACCUGCCCAUGGCACCUCUAAAGAGCUACCCUCCAGCACCACCCCUCCCAUAGACAUAACCCCCUCACGGCUAAAGCUGAUGCGGCGCAGCACAGACCGUAAGAGUGAGUUCCUGCGUGGACUAAAGGAUGAGAGAAACGGGGAUGUGAGUGGGUGCCACAGCCCAGGAGCCCCAACAGAGGGAGAGGGAAGUACCCCUGAACCAAAAGAAUUUGGAGAAAGUCAUGAAAAUGGCAUCUCCCACUCUCUCAGUGACUCAGACACAGAGCACUUGUCCAGCUCUCUGGAGGCUGAACACAGGCUGCUGAAGGCCAUGGGUUGGCAGGAAUACCCAGAAAAUGAUGAAAAUUUCCAACCCCUCACUGAGGAUGAACUCAAAGAGUUUCAAGCUAAAACUGAACAGAUGAAGAAGAUUGGUCUGGGACGUAAUGGUAUGCUCUUAAAGCCACGUAGUGGGGCCCUGCUACCCUGGAGGAACACCCCUGGCCUGGAAGAGGGCUCCGAGUCUGAGACGAGCAGUAGCAGCCAGACCUCCGAUGAUGAUGAUUCCUAAUGAUGAUGAUACCUAAUGUGGCUUUAAACUCCCCUCCCCCAUUUCCAAUUCACUCUUAAUCUGUCUCUCCAUCUCACCCAUUUAUUUAAAAAAAAAAAAAAAAAGAGAGAGAGAGAAAGGCUUCUUUUCAUGGACAAGGAACAUCAGUCAUAUCCCAGUUGGAGAGGAAGAGAAAAAACAUUCACUUGUCACCUCGUAGGCAGUGUCUUUCUAUUUGAUUCCCCCCUCUCUUUCCUUGUCUGUAUUUUGUUCUUUAUCCUGAACUAGAAAUGUCAAAGAAAGCCACACACCCUCCACCAGAUCUUUUUUUUGUUUUGCUUGGGGAAAAGACUAAUUCAUAAUAACACAAAUUAUAACCGUGAUUAAACGUGAAAUAUGACAUCAUCUGAAUGUUCUAUAAAAUGGCUUUGACACCUUUCUAAAAGUUUUUUUUCCUUUUCGCGAAAACAAUUCGUAGCAUUAGUGUUAAGAUGAAACAAUCAUUGUGAGCCGCUGACAGCGACAUUGCUCCUGGUCCCUCAUAGAAAUGAACUGAAGCCAGUCAUCCCUGCAGCAAGGAAGAACUAAAGCAACAUUAAAUGUUUAAUGUUUAUUAAAUGGACUGUCACCAUCAGUCUGGCAGCUAGAACAUCAGUCCAUUUCUGGCUCCAGUUCCGCCAAACUCUGAUUUCCAGUUUUCAUUCUACUGUAUCAAAAUCAAACAAAUAUACCUGAUUUAAUUUUGUCUGCCAAGUGAGCGAACACAUGUGAGCGUACCUUAAAGGAUGUGUUAAAGUUAGAUUUGAAACCUAGCUUAAGAAAGAGUUCGUCAGGAGCUGGCUUUUGAAUUAAGGUCAUGUUUGGAUGGAAUGGUCUAAUGUUUUACAUGUGAAGUUAUGGGAAACAUGUUCAAUUCACUGAGGCUGGAUUCUGUUUAGGAAAAAAUGUUUAAAAAAUCAUAAACAGACUGUCUAGUUUUUUCCCCCUGAAUAACUUAAAGCAGUUUGAUUUGAACCAUAUUGAAAUCCAGAAUUUUUCAGAGUGACUAUAAAAAGCAUUCUCAUGCUUUUCAUGCUGGCAUAAUUAAUGCUGUGGCAUUUAUUUUCCAAAGCUUUACAGUCGAUGCAUGUAGAUAAUAAGGGAUAUACAAUAAACGCAAAAAAGAUUUAAAGAAUUUAUUAAAUCACAAAACCCUAAUAAAAUCUACCCAAUGGAAUAGAAAUGCAUUAAAAAUGAUUGGGCUUAUGUUUACAAUGCAGGAAUUGACCCAAGUUAUCCAAGAUUUGUAAUUACUGUGAAAUUUGUUUGAGCGAUUCAGUAAGAUGGCUUGCACGCUUUGUUCUGCUAUGUUGGUCUUUAAACAGUUUGUUGUGAAGAAAUCUUGACGCCGAGUUCUAUCCCUGCUGCUGGCAGUGAUCCAUCUUUAAAAGUUCUUUAUUUCAUGAGGGACUGCUGGUGUAAAUUGUGCAUCUCCUUUUUGUUUUUUGUUUUUGUUUUUUUGUACCUUGUUUUUCUCUGAUAGGGUAUAAAAAUGGCUUUUUCACAGAUUUAAGUUUCUUUUUUUUAAUUUUGGUACAGCUGUAAAAAUUCCCACAUAAAUAGUUUGUUUUUCUUUUGUUUGCAUUAUAUUGUUUCCGCAGCCUUGAUAUUCAGGGUGGAUUGUAAAAAAUAUAAGAAUAAAAAUUGUGAGUUUUGGAAGAUUAAGAUUAUUUUGAUAACAUUAUUUACAGAUUUGAGAAGAUAAAAAGGUGUCAUGUAUGGGUUUAUCUGUAUGAGACGAAGCAGACAUAAACUGCAUCAUAAAGAAAAAGAACAGAGAAAAAAUUGUAAUAAAUAUUUUGCAUCAGUUUGCCAAACAUGUCCAGCCUUUCGUUUUCUGCUGAAAGACUUUUUGAAACCUACGUUUUCUUAAUGUUUUAACAAGACCAAUGGUAAUGUUCUGAAUAUGCAUGUAAAAGAUAAAGAAAAUAAUAAUAAUAAAAAUUAAACCCUUUAAGCUUG